GGGACGCAGCGACUGGCAUGGGCAUUGGAUCAGUCAAAUAGAUAAACGCGUGAAUUCCUGCGUGGACUUGGACAAAUAAAGCGAGAGUGUGGAUCUGACAGCAUCACUUGAACAUCAUUCAGUUUAUUUUGCAGUGGAUAGUAGGAUUUUAUUGUGAUUAAUUUUUAUUUUGGAAACGUCGUUAUCAUUUCACAUUUCUAUCUAAAGAGUUUUGACAGUACAUUUACCACAGGUCCGCUCCUGAGGUUUUAUAAAGGUUGUGUGAGGUUGAAACCUACAGUGCAGUCUUUCACUGGUCAUCUGCCGUAAAGAUCUCACACUCGCACGCGCAGCGCGCAACAGGAGCAUCUAUAUAAGAAACUCGUCGCGAUCUUCCUCAUCAAUGCAAUGACGCGUGGAUGUAUCGAUCAUCGAUCAUGGCUAAAAACAGUUCGCUGUACAUCCGCAUCGUCGAGGGAAGAAAUCUGCCCGCUAAAGAUGUGUCUGGAAGCAGUGAUCCAUACUGCAUCAUUAAAGUUGACAAUGAAGUCGUGGCCAGAACAGCGACCAUCUGGAAGAACCUGAAUCCGUUCUGGGGGGAGGAAUACUCCCUUCAUCUGCCGACCGGCUUCCACUCGCUCACCUUCUAUGUGAUGGAUGAAGACACCAUUGGUCAUGAUGAUGUGAUCGGGAAAAUCUCUCUUAAUAAAGAAAUGAUCACUGCUCAACCUAAGGGUUUAGAUAACUGGUUGAAUCUGACCCGUGUCGAUCCAGAUGAGGAGGUUCAGGGAGAGCUUCAUUUGGCUCUGGAGCUCCACAGAGAUGUUCACAAAACCUUUCUGAACUGUCACGUCAUUGAGGCCCGAGAUUUGGCACCACGUGAUAUUACUGGUACAUCUGAUCCAUUUACAAGAAUAAUCUACAACAAUCUCAGCGUUGAGACAUCGAUAAUCAAGAAAACUCGUUUCCCUCACUGGGAUGAAUGUCUGGAGUUAUGUUUGAAUGAAGGUGAAGAUGAUGCUGAUGGAAACAUCAUAGUAGAGGUUUGGGACUGGGAUAUGGUGGGCAAGAACGACUUUCUGGGGAAGGUGGAAAUCCCUCUGUCAUGUAUGUACAGAACUCCAGUACUGCAGGGUUGGUUUCGUCUACAACCACUGAGGAACAAAGAGGACGACGCUGGAGGGAAACUGGGUGCCUUACGUUUAAAGGUGCGUUUGGUGGAGGACAGAAUUCUUCCCUCUAUGUAUUAUCAGCCUUUGAUGGAUCUGCUAGUUGAAGCUGUCAUUUCUCCAGCUGAGGUUGAUGAUCCCACACCUCUCACUUUGCUUGAAGAGGUGACAACAGUAGAGAGUCGUCAGGACAUCGCUAUGACUCUGGUGAAGAUCUACCUCGGCCAAGGUCUGGUCGUGCCAUUUCUGGAUUACCUCAACAGCAGAGAAGUCCACAACACCACAGAUCCAAACACAUUGUUUCGGUCAAACUCACUGGCGUCUAAAGCCAUGGAGCAGUUUAUGAAGGCUGUAGGGAUGCUGUACCUCCAUGAGGUUCUGAAGCCCAUCAUCAAUCGAAUCUUUGAGGAGAAGAAAUACAUAGAGCUUGAUCCAUGUAAGAUAGACCUCAACCGCUCCAGACGUAUAUCAUUCAAAGGUUCAUUAUCUGAAGCCGAGAUCCGGGAGAGCAGCGUGGGUCUCCUGCAGACGUAUCUGACCAGCAUCAUGGAAGCCAUCGUCAGUUCUGUUUCUCAGUGUCCUCCUGUGAUGAGAGUCGUGUUCAAACAGCUUCAUAAACGAGUAGAGGAGCAGUUUCCAGGAGCAGGGAAUGAGGAUGUGAAGUAUUUGGCCAUCAGUGGGUUUUUCUUCUUACGUCUGUUUGCUCCUGCGAUCCUGACGCCAAAACUCUUCCAGCUGAGAGAUUGUCACGCUGACACGCGCACCAGCAGAACUCUCUUACUGCUCGCCAAGGCUCUUCAGAGUGUGGGUAAUUUAGGUCUACAGUUGGGUCAUGGUAAGGAGCAGUGGAUGACUCCUCUUCACUCCAUCAUUCUGUGCAGUGUGGUCUCUGUUAAAGAUUUCCUUGACAAGCUGAUAGACAUCGAUCACAACAGCGUGUGUGAGGUUCCUCAGCGAGCUGUGUUCUUACCUUCAGUCAUAGUAAAGGAAGGAUUCCUACAGAAACACACAGCAAAAGGACCACAGCUCAUCCAACGCUUGACUUUCAAGAAACGCUACUUCUGGCUGAGCUCAGAGUCGCUGUCAUACGCCAAGAGCCCUGACUGGCAGGUGCGCUCCUCUAUUCCUGUCCAGCGUGUGUGUGCUAUCGAGCGGGUGGAUGAAAACGCCUUUCAGCUUCAAAACGUCAUGCAAGUCAUCACACAAGAUACAGAAGGACAAUUACAAACAACAUACCUGCAGUGCAAGAAUGUAAAUGAUCUCAAUCAUUGGCUGUCAGCGAUCAGGAAGGUCAGUAUUUAUAAUGAGAACAUGCUGCCAUCAUUUCACCCUGGAGCUUACCGCGGUAACAAAUGGACCUGCUGCUUACAGCCAGACCGCACAGUUGCUGGCUGUAGUCGGACUCACUCUGCUGUGACUCUGGCUGACUGGAGUGAUCCAUUAGAUCCUGAUGCUGAAAUACAGAUGAUUUAUAAAGAGCUUCUGCAGGGAAGAGACAAACUCAGGAAGAAAUACCUGGACACACAGGAAGUGGAAACAGCAGAACAGGAAGUGACUCCAGUGAAGGCCAGCGACCUUUCAUCAGUGUCUACUCAGGGCCGUUGUGAGCGUGCACGAGUCGUCGUCUCUCGUUUGUUGGAUGUUGUUUUGGAUUUAGAACAGGUACAUUCAUCCUUCAAGAGUCGAGAAACAGAUGAGAACAGUUCACUUAUAAUGAGCUCAUAGAGAACGACAGAAACCCUGUGAAGACCACGACUCACCUUCACUGUCCUUCAACACACACAGAUGAUUAUUACUAUACAAGACUUCUAACAUCUAACACACACACAACUGUCAAAUGAAACGUAUGCAAUCCAGACGUCUUUUAAUGAUACAUUUCUUUAUAUGUUUUUAAAGUAAUUAUUUUUAUGGAUUUGUACGUGUUUUUAUUCUGUACUUUUUAAGCAGAUGCCCUAGUGUAGCUUUUAAACCAGCCCUAUCUGUGUUUAUCUUGCGGUCUGCAUGGCAUUUUGCUAAAUGGCGUGACCCUGUUUUUAAAAACACACAGGAAGACAUGCAGAGGAGUUAUUGACAACAACAGUGUGUAACAUUGUGCCCACUACACUACACUACACUACAAUUUAUUUUUGUGUUGUUAUCUGGAUCCAUGGUUUCUUCCAUACAGUCUGUGAAGUAGUUUUUGACCAAAUCUGCAGUGUUCCUGAACUUGACUGAUACUGUAAUUGUAAUAUUUUUAUAUUUGCACUAAAAUGAUUUGUAUAUCGUCUAAUAAUAUCAGCAUUUAUAUUAUUUUAAAUGUUAUGAAUUGCUUUAAAUUUAUUGUAGAUUCUCCUGUGCACAUAACGUAUUCAGGUUCAAAUGUGUAAAAGAUUGGGAGCAAUGCUUCAUCUCUUAACAUGCAGUAUGAUGAUGUAUCUGAUAUUUUUCAUGUCCAUGGCAUGUUUAGAUGUUUUUCUUUAUAAAUUAGAUGGAUUUAAGUCUGUGGAAUAACCUAAAUGAAGGCUUUGCAAUGUGCCAAAUGGUGUUUUGAGGUUGUGCGAGCAUGUGUGUACAAAACAGUGAAGCGGAUUCAUUUUGAACUUUUUUGCCAACUGAUAUCAUUUAAAACAUUUGCAGUCCUGUGCCUUUUGUUGAUUCUGUUUGGGAAGAGAGAGAGACGUUGAUCUGCUGUGCCUAUUAAAACUGUAAAACAAUUUACACAAA